UAAUAACAAACUUAUAUUAAAAAAAAAAAAGUUUGAUUUUCAACACUUGAAACUUCUCUUCGUGAUUCCUGUCUUAAGAUCCCGACAUUUACAGAAACAAUCAUUGACCACGAGUAGCAAUGUCGUAAGAACAAGUUCUUAUAUACUUAAUUCAUAUACAAUCUCCUCUCUCUCUCUCUCGCAUUCAUUCAAAGCUCUCUAAAAUAGCGGGUAAACUCAGCUUUCAGAGUUUUCUUGUACAACAAGAAAAUAAAAGAGUUUUGUCUCACUUGAGAGACAAGAAAGAUGACAGAGAAGGAUCUUCUUUACGAUACAAUACUUGCUCGUAGCUUUAGCAGAAACGAGCAGAAGAGACUUGGCUAUGGAGCUUUCAUUGCCUCUCUUCUUUUUGUCUUCACUCUUUGCACCGUCUUUAAACCUUAUCUCAGCCCUUUACCACCGAUCGUGGAGUUGCAGUUACCAGUGAACGCUGGUCUUAGGAUGCUGAGAAUAACUGAACCGCAGAAACCUCAAGCUUUAAGGAGCAGCAACAAUACAACAUAUGGAGAUUCUGAGAAUCUAACUAUCCCUACGGAUCAAAUUAAUAUUACAUCAAAUGCAACCACUCUUCAGAAACUAAUCAGUUCUGAAGAUCAUAUGCGUAGCGUCUUCAAGGACACAAGCUUGCCCAAGAGUCGUCUUGAUUCGUUUAACUCUACUACUAACACUACAAUCUCCAAAGAACAAGUUAUUACAGAAGAUAAUAAAAUGGAGAAAACAAUAAAACCUAUAUGCAAGAAACUAGCAAGAACAGAGAUAUGCGAACUAAACGGCGACGUAAGAGUCCAGGGCAAAUCCGCGACGGUUCAUGCAUCGAUCGCCUAUGCGUUUUCAGGAAACUCCACGUGGCAUAUCAAACCCUACGCGAGAAACGGUGACGUGGCGGCGAUGGAUCGCGUGAGAGAAUGGACGGUGAAACUGGAACAAAACGCUGAUUUGUUAUCGCGUUGCGUCAGGAAUCACAGCGUUCCGGCGAUACUGUUCUCUCUCGGAGGCUACUCGAUGAACAACUUCCACGAUUUCACCGACAUCGUGAUUCCUCUGUACACGACGGUGCGCAGAUUCAACGGCGAAGUACAGUUCCUCGUAACGAACAGGAACCAACCGUGGAUCAACAAAUUCAAGGAGGUGCUGAGGAGUCUCUCGAACUACGAUCUGAUUUACAUCGACGAAGAAAACGAGACGCACUGUUUCGCCACCGUCGUCGUCGGUCUCAACCGCCAUCCGGAGUACUACAAAGAGCUGACGAUCGAUCCGUCGUAUUCGGAAUAUUCGAUGUCGGAUUUCCGGAGAUUCCUUAGAGACGCGUACUCGUUGCGAAACGCCGCCGUGAACACGAGAAAGAACCAGCUGCGGCGGAGGAGGAGGCCGAGGAUGCUGAUUCUGGCGAGGGGGAGAUCGCGAGCGUUCACGAACGCAGGGGAGAUCGCGAGAGCGGCGAGACGAAUCGGAUUCAAAGUCGUUGCGGCGGAAGCGAGCGGAGACGUCGCGAGUUUUGCGCGGAUCGUGAACUCGUGCGACGUCAUGCUCGGCGUUCACGGCGCGGGGCUUACGAACAUGGUGUUCUUGCCGGAGAAAGCCGCCGUGAUUCAGAUUCUUCCGAUCGGGGGAUUCGAGUGGCUCGCGAAGACGGAUUUCGAGGAGCCGUCGAAGGGGAUGGAUCUGAGGUAUCUGGAGUACAAGAUCGCGGCGGAGGAGAGCACGCUUUUGCGGCGGUACGGACGCGAUCACGAGGUCGUGAGGGAUCCAUCGGCGGUUGGGAGACGCGGGUGGGAAAUGUUCCAGUCGGUUUAUUUGGUACAGCAGAACGUGACCGUUGAUAUUAACCGGUUCAAGCCGGUUCUUGUCAAAGCUUUUGAGCUAUUGCAGAUGCAGUCAGUGUAAAUUAAAUAUCAACUGCAUUUCGUACUGUAAAAGUGUAAAUUCUUGUAGUCGGCUCGGGAUUUGAAUAUUUAUCAUUAAUUUUUUUAAUGAUUUGAUAUCCACUUUAUGAAAAAAUCAAAUAGUCAAAUAAAAGCAUAACCUUGGUGUUUAU